UCCCGCACCCACCUCCCCGGCCCCAGGCACACUGCAGCUCUGCGCGGACUCUCCGGCCCCAGCGAGGUGGCUGCAAACUCGCGGGCACGCACCGCGCUCGGGGAGCCAAGGGACUCGGGGGAGGGGACGCGCGCGGAAGGCGCCAGCUUCCUCUCGCCCGCCCCUAGCAACAGCCAGUCGAGGUUGGAGGCACCCGGGGCCCCAGCACGGCAGAGCCGAGGGGUGGUGGCGGCGGUUGCUUCCCUUUUCUCCAGCCGAGCCCUGGAACGACUCAGGGACUGGCCCUAAAAAGAGCAGGAAAUCUUGUUUACCGCCCGGAGAGAGGAGCCGUUCGAGCCUUUGUCUGGAAAGUCUGCAUCUCCGGAUCCGGCUGCAAUGUGUUCCUGGUGACAUUAGCACUGGGCAGACCGGUCGGAGGAGGCGGGUAGCCAGGGUCUGCUCUGCUUUCGAAGGCGGAUCGAGAGAGUGACUUUUAUGCAUUUGUUUUAAUUUAUGGAAAUUUCUUUUUUUCCCCUCCCUCGCUCGCUGCCGGGCAUGUCCUGAUCCGGCGGCCGCUCCUACCGCCCCAGGCUGCCGAUCGUAGCGUUUCCAGCGGGUCUCCCUCCCUCACUCCCGACUUUGCAACACCGCGUUCCGGGAGGACCGACCUCGGCGAGGAAGGAGGCGGGGGAGCCACGAACACCGGACCCAAACCUUGACAUGCUCUCGGGAGGAGAGGAGGAAGCCAGGAGCUGAGCGCACCGCGAAGGCUGCUUCGCCGCGGGUUCCGAGGAGCGCCCUGCCUUGCGCCUGGGCGGCAGCCUUGUUGGUCGGGGGGGCGCCCCCCGCUUCCCGCCUCGGAGGUCCGUGGCCGGCAGGACCAUGCUGCUGAAGGAGUACCGGAUCUGCAUGCCGCUCACCGUGGACGAGUACAAAAUUGGACAGCUGUACAUGAUCAGCAAGCACAGCCACGAACAGAGUGACCGAGGAGAAGGGGUGGAGGUCGUCCAGAAUGAGCCCUUCGAGGACCCUCACCAUGGCAAUGGGCAGUUCACGGAGAAACGGGUGUAUCUCAACAGCAAACUGCCAAGUUGGGCUAGAGCUGUUGUCCCAAAAAUAUUUUAUGUGACAGAGAAGGCUUGGAACUAUUAUCCUUACACAAUUACAGAAUACACAUGUUCCUUUCUGCCGAAAUUCUCCAUUCAUAUAGAAACCAAGUAUGAGGACAACAAAGGAAGCAAUGACAGCAUUUUUGACAAUGAAGCCAAAGACCUAGAGAGAGAAGUUUGCUUUAUUGAUAUUGCCUGUGAUGAAAUUCCAGAACGCUACUACAAAGAAUCCGAGGAUCCUAAACACUUCAAGUCAGAAAAGACAGGACGGGGACAGUUAAGGGAAGGCUGGAGAGAUAGUCAUCAGCCCAUCAUGUGCUCCUACAAGCUGGUGACCGUGAAGUUCGAGGUCUGGGGGCUUCAGACCAGAGUAGAACAAUUUGUGCACAAGGUGGUUCGAGACAUCCUGCUGAUUGGACAUAGACAGGCUUUUGCAUGGGUUGAUGAGUGGUAUGAUAUGACAAUGGAUGAUGUUCGGGAAUACGAGAAAAACAUGCAUGAACAAACCAACAUAAAAGUUUGCAAUCAGCAUUCCUCCACUGUGGAUGACAUAGAGAGCCAUGCCCAAACAAGUACAUGACAAUGGAUGAAGUCCGCGAAUUUGAACGAGCCACUCAGGAAGCCACCAACAAGAAAAUUGGCGUUUUCCCACCUGCCAUUUCUAUCUCGAGCAUUCCCCUGCUGCCUUCUUCCGUGCGCAGCGCCCCGUCCAGCGCCCCGUCCACCCCUCUCUCCACAGAUGCACCAGAAUUUCUGUCAGUUCCCAAAGAUCGACCCCGGAAAAAGUCAGCUCCAGAAACUCUCACGCUUCCAGACCCUGAGAAAAAAGCCACUCUGAAUUUGCCCGGCAUGCACUCCUCAGAUAAGCCACGUCGGCCCAAGUCAGAGUGACCUCACCCGGAGAUCUCAUGGGUUUUAUAUUUUCAUUUUGUUGUUGUUGUUGUUGUUUUUUAAGAAUCUUCUGAUAUAGGAAAAGACUGCUUUGUCACUCAAACAUGUUCCUUUGAUCUCUGA